UUCGAGUUUAGCGUUUGGGCGCCAUUUUCGAGUGUAGAAGCCGCCAAGCUGCAGCAGGCAAGAGCCGCACUCUCCAGAGCCAGCGUCAUCCGAAAUCUUGGCGGGGUAGCUGGCCGCCUGCUCCGCGUCCCAGCAAAGGAGACAUAUCCCUUGGGUAGUUUGAUUGCUUGGAAUCGGAGGGGAACGGCCAGCAGAAAGCAUGCCAAGCAAGAGCACCAAAACCUCCACUGCAGCCCGUCAAAAAGGGAAAGAACCCUUGGAGGAACCCACCAGUGAUAUGGAAGUGGGAAAAGAAGCUGACACAAGCCUCAGUGAAGCAUCUCAGCAAGCUGACUCAAAUGGAAAUGGGGAACUUGAUAAUCGAAGUUUAGAAGAGAUUUUGAGUAGCAUCUCUCCUCCCCCACCUCCAGCAAUGACCAAUGAAGCUGGAGCUCCUCGCCUCAUGAUAACUCAUAUUGUAAACCAGAACUUCAAAUCCUACGCAGGAGAGCAAAUUCUGGGACCUUUUCAUAAGCGUUUUUCUUGUAUUAUUGGACCAAAUGGCAGUGGAAAAUCCAAUGUCAUUGAUUCAAUGCUCUUUGUAUUUGGGUAUCGGGCACAAAAAAUCAGAUCCAAAAAGCUCUCUGUGCUGAUCCAUAAUUCUGAUGAACACAAAAACAUACAGAGUUGUACUGUUGAAGUUCACUUUCAAAAGAUCAUUGACAAGGAAGGGGAUGAUUAUGAAGUCAUUCCCAACAGCAAUUUCUGCGUAUCUAGAACUGCCUACAGAGAUAAUUCUUCUGUCUAUCACAUCAGUGGAAAGAAGAAAACAUUCAAAGAUGUUGGUAUUCUGCUUCGAAGCCAUGGGAUUGACCUGGACCAUAAUAGAUUCUUAAUUUUACAAGGGGAAGUUGAACAAAUUGCAAUGAUGAAACCAAAAGGCCAGAAUGAACAUGAUGAAGGUAUGCUUGAAUACUUAGAAGACUUAAUAGGAUCAGGACGGUUAAAAGAUCCCAUUCAAGUUCUCUGUCGCAGAGUUGAGAUGUUAAAUGAGCAGAGAGGAGAGAAGUUAAACAGAGUUAAAAUGGUAGAGAAAGAAAAAGAUGCUUUAGAAGGAGAGAGAAACAAAGCCAUUGAAUUUCUUUCUUUGGAAAACAAAAUGUUUAAGGAAAAAAAUCGUAUUUGCCAAUACUACAUUUAUGACCUGCAAAAUCGGAUAACUGACAUGGAAACACAGAAGAGAAAAAUUCAUGAAGACACUAAAGAUGUUAACGUGAAGAGUAGUAAACUAGCUGAUGAAAUGAAAGUUAAAAGUAAUGCUUUGAAAGAUGUAGAAAAGAAACUCAAUAAAAUUACAAAGUUCAUAGAGGAAAAUAAAGAGAAAUUUACUCAGCUGGAUUUGCAGGAUGUUACAGUAAGGGAAAAACUAAAACAUGCAAAAAGCAAAGCUAAAAAACUUCAGAAACAGCUUGAAAAGGAUAAAGAAAAGGUUGAGCAAUUUAAAAGCGUACCUGGCAACAGUGAGACAGCUAUCAGUAAAGCAACAUCUAAGAAAGAAGUACUUGAAAAGGAAAAAGAGCGAGAAGAGGAAAAAUUAAAAGAAGUUAUGGAUAGCCUUAAACAGGAAACACAAGGACUUCAAGAAGAGAAAGAGGGCAAAGAAAAAGAACUUAUGGAGUUCAGCAAAACAGUGAAUGAAGCACGUUCUAAGAUGGAUGUAGCCCAAUCAGAACUUGAUAUCUACCUCAGUCACCAUAAUACAGCGGUAUCUCAGUUAAAUAAAGCAAAAGAGGCUCUAAAGACUGCUUCAGGAACCCUUAAAGAAAGGACAGUUGGUAUUAAAGAGCUAAAUACAAAAUUACCUCAAGCUGAACAGGAACUAAAGGAGAAAGAGAAGGAGCUUGAGAAACUGGGAAGAGAGGAAAUGGACAUUAAGAAACUUGUCAGAGAGCUCCGUCAGAAGGUAGAAGAAGCAAAAAGUUCUUUGGCAAUAAAUCGCAGUCGAGGAAAAGUUCUUGAUGCUCUACUUCAGCAGAAGAAAUCUGGAAAAAUUCCUGGAAUAUAUGGAAGACUGGGAGACUUGGGAGCUAUAGAUGAAAAGUAUGAUGUUGCUAUUUCAUCAUCUUGCGGUGCCUUAGACUACAUUGUUGUAGAUACAAUUGAUACAGCUCAGAAAUGUGUGAAUUUCUUGAAGAAUCAAGGAAUUGGAGUUGCCACAUUUAUAGGCUUGGACAAAAUGACAGUAUGGGAAAAUAAUAUGAAUACAAUUCAGACUCCAGAAAACACUCCUCGUCUAUUUGACAUGGUGAAAGUAAAAGAUGAGAUGAUUCGCCAAGCCUUUUACUUUGCAUUACGUGAUACUUUAGUAGCCAAUAACUUGGAUCAGGCUAUUAGAGUAGCAUUCCAAAGGAACAGAAGAUGGAGAGUUGUGACUUUGCAAGGACAGAUCAUAGAACAGUCAGGAACAAUGAGUGGAGGUGGACAUAACAUAAUGAAAGGUAGAAUGGGAUCCUCUGUCGUGGUUGAAAUGUCAGAAGAAGAGGCCAAUAAAAUGGAAUCUCAGCUACAGAAAGAUUCCAUAAAAGCAAUGCAGUGCCAAGAAGAGAGAGGGCAGCUGGAAGAAGCCGUAGCAAAAUUGCAUCUAAGUGUCCAGCAAAUGAGAAACACUUUAGAAAAGUAUACUGCGAGUAUCCAGAGUUUAUCAGAACAAGAAGUUCAUUUGAAAGUACAAGUUAAAGAACUUGAGGCUAAUGUAAUUGCUGCUGCUCCUGACAAAAACAAACAGAAACAUCUAGAGAAAAACCUUAAUACUUUCAAAAAAGAUUAUGAGACUGUUGCUGAAAAGGCUAGUAAAGUGGAAAAUGAAGUUAAAAGAUUACAUAAUCUCAUAAUUGAGAUCAAUAAUCAUAAACUUAAAGCUCAGCAAGACAAACUUGAUAAGAUAAACAAGGAAAUAGAUGAAUGUUCUUCUGCUAUAACUAAAGCCCAGGUAGCAAUCAAGACUGCAGACAGAAACCUAAAAAAAUCAGAAGAAUCUGUUCUUCGCACUGAGAAGGAAAUUGGUGAUAAUGAAAAGGAAAUGAAAGAGCUAAUAGAAGAGUUAACAAUAUUGGAAGAGAAAGCUACUGAAGUUAUGAAUAACUGCAAACAAGCUGAAGAGUCAUUACCAGAGGUUCAGGAGGAGCAUCGCAGUUUACUUCAAAAGAUUAAAGCAAUUCAAGAAGAUGAACAUGCUCUUCAAAAAGAGGCUCUUAAUAUUAGACUUAAAAUUGAACAAAUAGAUAGUCACAUUGGUGAGCAUCAAUCAAAGAUUAAAUAUUGGCAAAGAGAGAUAUCAAAAAUAUUACUGCAUCCUGUAGAAGAUAAACUAAGUGAAGAGCUUCCAGUGCUAAAUCAAGAGGAACUUGAAGCAAUUAAAGAUCCAGACAUUAUAACUAAUCAAAUAGCUCUUUUAGAAGCUCAGUGUCAUGAAAUGAAACCAAAUCUUGGUGCCAUUGCAGAGUAUAAUAAAAAGGAAGAACUGUAUCUGAAACGUGUGACAGAGCUGGAUGAAAUUACCAAUGAGAGAGACAACUUUAGAUUGGCUUAUGAAGACCUUAGGAAACAAAGGCUUAAUGAGUUUAUGGCAGGAUUUAAUGUAAUAACAAAUAAACUAAAGGAAAAUUACCAAAUGCUUACCUUGGGAGGAGAUGCUGAAUUAGAGCUUGUAGACAGUCUGGAUCCUUUCUCUGAAGGAAUCAUGUUUAGUGUACGACCACCAAAGAAAAGCUGGAAGAAGAUAUUUAAUCUGUCAGGAGGAGAGAAGACUCUUAGUUCUCUAGCUUUGGUUUUUGCGCUUCAUCAUUACAAGCCAACUCCCCUCUACUUCAUGGAUGAGAUUGAUGCAGCUCUUGACUUUAAAAAUGUAUCAAUUGUAGCAUUUUAUAUAUAUGAGCAAACAAAAAAUGCACAAUUUAUCAUCAUCUCUCUACGAAAUAAUAUGUUUGAAAUUGCAGAUAGAUUAAUUGGAAUUUAUAAGACUCACAAUACAACAAAAAGUGUUGCAACAAACCCAAAAAUAAUUGGAUCUAAAGGACUUGCUGAAAUUGGUUCUGUUGGAUGCUGCUGAAUGUGUAAUCUUCCAUUCUGAAGACAGUGAAAUCUUAUUCUAAUGUGUAUUUCCACUAUUUCUGCUGUUUGUCUAUAUUCUGUUAGCUUUGUUUUGUUGUGUGAUUCAUCAUUAUCCCAUAACAUUUUUUUAAUAUCUUAGCUUUCAUUAUUUGCAGUUCUUAGUAAGCCAAGAUAUGUAGAAGAGCUAAUAUUUUCUGUUAAUUGGCUACACUCAAUUUUUGUAGCUAUCUUAAUUUAUAUACAUUUGAGCAUAACAGAACUGUUUCUAAAAGUGUGUAUCUAAGUACAUUUUAAAGUCUCAUUUAGUAGGCAUUAUACCAAUGUUUGGGCUCUACCUGUAGAUUUUUAAACAGCUUUUUACACUGUAUUUUAUUAAAAUAAAAGUUAACUAAUUCAA